UUUAGUUAAAAAAAAAAUGCAUACAGUGUACAAAUUAAUUUUUCUUUUAAUUGUGAAUUUCUUUCCACCGUGCCGAUGUGACCGCAGCUCAAGAAAAAAUGACGGUGGCCUUUUCAGCGGUGGCGGAAUUUUAAGCGGCGGCAGUGGCGGAAUUUUCGGCGGUGGUGGUAAUGGCGGCAGCGACCUGUUCCAGACGCUGAUACUCCUCAGACUCCUCUCCAGCGCCACCACCAACACCGUGGCGACAACAACCCUACCAGCCACCACCAGCCAAACUCUGACAUUUACCAACAAUAUCUUCAGGACUGCCAGUGGCGCCAUCGUCUCACAGUUCUUGUAUCCUGCGACCCUUCAGCCUGUUGAUCCUGCCAAUAUCAUCGCCGACCCUCUUACAGGGUUUGUCUACGACAGCUCCACCAACAAGGUUGUGGUGUACCGUGAUCCGACCACAGGUGUCCUGGCUCAAGCUUUUGUGACACCAGCAGCCACAGGUAAUUUAACCGAUAGCCACAGCACAAGUGAAAUCAUGAGUGAUCAAGGAAACAAAGAUUUUGACAAUUAG